GAUGAACCCUAAUUACAGGGAAAUUCUGAAAUAGAUUAUGGAUUUCAAGCAAGAAGGAACAAGAGUACUCAUAUCUGGUUUGCUCGUUAAGUUAGUAAUCUAUCUAACAAUAAUAGAUUAUUGGUCUCUUCUUUGCAUGGCCAAUUUUACAAUCAUAUCAUGAAAUUUUAAUUGGAUAUAAGGACCUUAAUCACUAAUACACCCUUUAUAUCAGCUAUGCUCUUAUGAUCUUUAUCAUGAAUUUGUUCAUACCUCAUACUGACUUCUUCCUGAAGAAAUUAGGACCUCAAACCUUAAUUUGCAUAUUUGUUAGUUUAAUUGGAAUGUCAUUUAUGAUGAUGGCUAUUUUUGAUUAAGUAUAAAUAUAACAUUAGAAUCACUUAGUAUUGGGUAAUCCAUCUCUUACUUCAGCUGUUUGUCAUAGCCCCAUCCAUAGGAAUUCUGUACUCAACACCAUUUCUGACAACUUGGAGAUACUUUGUUAAAUAGAAAUGUAUAUACUUUAUACUUAAAUUAGAACACCUAAAUUCAAUAUUCCAAGUAUUCAUAGGAUUAGGUGCAUUUUUUGCAUUGCUAAUCUUUGAGUCAAAUUAAGCAAAUUAAUUAGAAUUGUAUUUUGAUAAUGAUCAAUAUUUCUGUGGAGAAUGCUUCAAUCUUCAAACAAGAAGAUCUCUAAGAGGACUUACAAUCUGGGCUUUUAUUUUAGGAAUCACAGCAGCUCUCCUUAUUAAAUAACCAGAUGGAGAUAUAGCUGAUAGCGUAGUUGAUUAUGAUCUUCUCGCAUUUGCUCAUUUAGAUCUUAAAUAAUAAUAACACAGCCAACAUUCUUAAAAUGAGAAUGAUUAAUCAUUCGAUUAACCAAUAACAUUUACUUAAUCCCUUUCAACUAAGCCAUUUUAAAUCAUGUCAAUUUUAGUAGUGUCAUCAUCCCUUUUGCCAUACUUGAUAUUCUGUUAAUAUCAGAGGAUUUAGUCUGCAUUAGGUAUAUCCUAUACAAAAUCAUCGACCACAUUUUAAAUAUCAAUCCUGUUGUAUGGAUUUAUGAGGUUGGCCUAUAACUAUUUUAUUUCAGAGUUGCCAUACAAACUUGUAAUAAGAAGAUUAGGCUAAACAAAUGUAUUCAAAAAUUAUUAUGCAUUUAGAUGCUCCUAAUAUUGAUAUUUGUUGCUUCACUAUGGUUUGAUAACACAAUGUUGAUUAACAUUAUGUGUUCGAUUUUUACGGUUUCAUUAGCCAUUUUGUUCUCUGUGAUUAGUAGUUCCAUUCCUAAAAUAUUUGGAUCUAUGGCUAGUCAAGGAGUGUUCUCCUUUAUGUUGGCCAUUAUGGGUUUGAGUGCUAUUAUUUCAAAUAGUAUUUCUUACUUUUUUCCAGAAGAGGUACAUUAUUAAAAUAUGUUUAGAGCACAAAAAUGAUGUUAUUUUACUUUUCCAUUAAAGUAUUUCUUGGCUAAAUGUUUGUGUAUCGAGUUUCUAAAUGA